GCGCCGGCACCGCCCACCGGGGGCGCCGUGAGGGCUCCGGGCAAGAUGGCGGCGGCGGCGGCGCUGCUGAGGGGCGGCGGGCGGGGCGUGACCCGCGAGGUGUUGCUGCUGGAGGCGCGGGGGCUCUGCACGAAGCCGGUGGGCACCGGGACGGCGCCGCCAAAGAAUGUAGUGGCACCACAGGGAAGCACCAAGCUGCUUGCCAGGAAGGCACCAGUUGAAUUUCGUAAAAUGUUGUCUUCUAGCUCUCUCCUGCUGUCUGCAGACAAAGGGGAGAGCAUAUCUAGUACCAGCCUCAAGGAAGCUGCAAAACCUGCUGAAGACACGAGGAUGUCCAUGUCAAGAAAAACUGUGGUUGCAUUUCCUCAGCGAGGAGUUGUUUCCUCCCAUGAGGAGGAAAACCUCACUACACCUGCAAGAGGAGGAGGCCUUAGGAAAGAGUUAGUUGAGGAACAAACUUCAUCUUCAUCCAGCUCAGAGUCAGAUUCUAGCUCAGAUUCUGAAGAUGAAAAUAUUGAUGAUUCAGAAGUUCCCAUUAAAACGAAAGUUGAGUUUCCCAGGCGAAAUCCCAUCUUUUCUGAGAACAUAGCAGUAAAGGCAUCAAUGCUGGCAAAAGAGAAAUUGUCCCAGAAAUCCGUCAAAGAAUAUGGAAUUAAGAAGCUGCCACGCAAACCAGAAAUUAAUGUGUCUCCUGUAAAGCAGGUCAAAUUCUCUAAAACAUCAGUCAGCCAGGAAACAUCAAAAUCCAAAGCAAGAGACCCCAAAGUAAAAUCCACUCCAAAAGAGCAGAAGUCAGUCUUAGAACCACACGUGGUGAAAAGUCUGGAUCUGACCAAUGUCACUCGUAAAUCUGAUCCUGUGGAGGAAAAGGCCAUUGGAACGCAGGUAGCAGCUAUUCAACUGAAAGCCUCAGCAGUGACUCAGGAAGACAAAAAGCAAAAACUGGUAUCCAGAGGAGAGAAGGAAAAGGUGAAGGAGGCACAGGAGUUGGAAGCAAAAGAAGUUACUGCUCCUAAAGUGGAAGAGACUUCUGGAAGCACAGCGUUGGUGAUGGGCACCAUGGCAAAGGAGGAGACCACGCAGGAAUCAGGAGUCCAGGCUGGAGAAAGCAGCACGAUAGAGGAGACCACAGCACCUGCUCAAGAGGAGUUUGACAAUUCCACCUACAAGAACCUGCAGCACCACGAAUAUCACACUUACACCUUUCAUGAUUAUAUCACUGUCCUCUCAAAGUACAGGCAGCCUCAGCCAUCCUCUGGAAGACCAUCACCAAGGCACUGAAAGAACCACAUUUAUAACAAACACCCAGGCAAGAUGAUGAAUUGUUCUAUUUAGCACUGUUGCUUCAUCUGUAUAAUUUAAAUCAGAUAAUAAAUAAUAAAGGCAUAAUAACUUGGGCUUUUGAACAGUC